UGGGCACAGCUGGGGCCAGUAUAAAAGAAGUGCAGAGGAGUUGGAGGGAUCCUGGAGACCCUGAGGCCAUAAGGGAAACUGAGGCACGCACACAGGUGUCCAUGGCGGGCUGGGUGCUGUGCAUGACCCUGGUGCUGGCAGCACUGGCAGGGGCGGCGGGCGAGACCCGCUACGAGAAGUUCCUGCGGCAGCACGUGGACUACCCCCGGACAUCCACGCUGGCGGCGCACCGCUACUGCGAGACCAUGCUGGCGCGGCGGCGGGUGACGGCCCCGGGCAGGCCCUGCAAGCCCUCCAACACCUUCGUGCACGCCCCGGCCGCCGCCCUGGUGGCCGCCUGCUCCCAGGCGCCCGAUGCCACGGGGUUCCAGAGCACCCCGAGCGCCCUGAGCCUCACGGCCUGCCGCCUGCGCGGCGGGGACACGCGGCCGCCCUGCGCCUACCGGGCCCGCCAGCUGCAGCAGCACGUGCGCGUGGCCUGCCAGGCCGGGCUGCCCGUGCACCUCGCGGGCACCUACGCGGCGCCGCAGUGAGGCCCGGCCUGGCGGCGUUGCGGAGCCGCGGCGCGGGGGCGGGUUCUCCCUCCCGCCAAGGGCUCUGUUAGUGCUGGCAAUAAAGGAGGUGGCAGAG